AUGGUGUCGCUCCCUCACAGCGUGGCAGCCCUGAACUUGCACCUGUCGCCUGUGCAUCAGGAGGCGAGCCAAGGACACCCCAUUAAUGGAACCCCUCAGUUCCAUCUGCAGAACCAGAGUCAGAGAAUGUGUUGUCACUGCACCCACAGGGGGCGCUGUGCAGGUUCAGGUCCCAGGAGAAGGCAGAUGGCCACAGAACCAGAUGCUGGCUCGGCACAUUCUCGGCCACAUCUCUUCACCUUCAUCAGAGCAGCAGGUUAUUUCCAGCCCUGGAUUAAUCACACGCAGCGGUCGCUGAUAGAUCGGGGUCAAAGCGACGCUCGGCCGUUUGAGGACGCGGCCCGAGGGCCUCAGGGAGGGGCCCCGGCCACACAGCUGUUGCAGAAGCAGCGUCCGAGCCAUAGGCCCGUGCACGCCUUUGGUUUGUGUGAAUCUGAAGAAUGCGAGAGUGAAACCAGGUCAGCGCGGCUCCGCAACGCCACCGCAACGCCACCGUCUGAGCUCAAAACGCCACCGUCUGAGCUCAGAACGCCACCGUCUGAGCUCAGAACGCCACCGUGA